GCGGAGAUAUUUUACAUUACCGAGCUUCUGGCUGAGGUGAAUCAAGAGUUGUCAGGUCAUGUUCAUGCUGGUGUACGGAAAGCUUGCGCAGAAUUAAAUAAUUAUAUGUUGCGGUUGUUGCCCUGUGUGGAUCUGGCUCUUGUUGGACUCUCGGAUUCAAUUUGCAUGAAUAUCGAUGCUGCGUUUGCGUUCAGCAACGAUUUAUCGGUUUAUGCGACUUCUGUUUGCGAGCAAUAA